UAAGGAAGGAGGCUGGCCACACCGCACCUUCUCGCUAGCGCCCACUUUCCCCUUCCUGCUUCCUCGGGCGCGGGCGGCAGGACUGCCAGAGAAGCGAGCCGGAGCGCCGAGGAGCGGACGCGGGAGCAGCAGAUUGGCUUAUAUCAGGAGCUGCUUGGCAUUGCUUAUCCUGAAGAUCAGGUGUGACCAUUGACAUCAGCCAUGUCAUCGAGGCCUUUUGAAAGUCCACCUCCCUAUAGACCUGAUGAAUUCAAACCGAAUCAUUAUGCACCAAGCAAUGAUAUGUACAGUGGAGAGAUGCAUGUUCGACCAAUGCUUUCUCAGCCAGCAUAUUCUUUUUACCCAGAAGACGAAAUUCUUCAUUUCUACAAGUGGACCUCCCCUCCUGGAGUGAUUCGGAUUCUGUCUAUGCUCAUUAUCGUGAUGUGCAUUGCCAUCUUUGCCUGUGUUGCCUCCACACUUGCCUGGGACAGAGGCUAUGGAACUGGCUUGUUAGGAGGUGGUAUAGGCUACCCUUAUGGAGGAAGUGGCUUUGGUGGCUACGGAAGUGGCUAUGGCUACGGCUAUGGCUACGGUUAUGGCUACGGAGGCUAUACAGAUCCAAGAGCAGCCAAGGGCUUCCUGUUGGCCAUGGCUGCCUUUUGCUUCAUUGCCACAUUGGUGAUAUUUGUUACCAGUGUUAUACGAUCUGAAAUGUCUAGAACAAGAAGAUAUUACUUGAUGGUGAUAAUAGUGAGUGCCAUCCUGGUCAUCAUGAUGUUCAUUUCCACAAUUGUCUAUAUAAUGGGGGUCAACCCAACUGCCCAGUCUUCUGGGUCUAUAUAUGGUUCACAGAUAUAUGCCCUCUGCAACCAGUUUUAUACACCUGUAACUACUGGCGUCUACGUGGAUCAGUAUUUGUAUCACUUCUGUGUGGUGGAUCCCCAGGAGGCCAUUGCCAUUGUCCUGGGGUUCUUGGUUAUUGUGGCUUUUGCUUUAAUAAUUUUCUUUGCCGUGAAAACCCGAAGAAAGAUGGACCGGUAUGACAAGUCAAAUAUUUUAUGGGACAAGGAACACGUUUAUGAUGAGCAGCCCCCCAAUGUUGAGGAGUGGGUUAAAAAUGUGUCUGCAGGCACGCAAGACAUGCCUCCACCCCUCUCUGACUAUGCUGAGAGAGUUGAUGGUUCCUUGGCAUACUCUUCCAAUGGCAAAGUAAAUGACAAGCGGUUUUAUCCAGAGUCUUCCUAUAAAUCUACACCGGUGCCUGAGGUGGUUCGGGAGCUCCCGGUGGCUUCACCUGUGGAUGACUUCAAGCAGCCUCGUUAUAGCAGCAGUAGUAAUGUUGAGACACCUUCAAAAAGGGCUCCCACUAAGGGCAGAGCAGGAAAGUCUAAGAGAACGGAGCAAGACCACUACGAGACGGACUACACGACUGGCGGCGAGUCUUGUGAUGAGCUGGAGGAGGACUGGAUCAGGGAAUAUCCACCUAUCAUCUCAGAUCAACAAAGACAAGUCUAUAAGAGAGAUUUUGACACUGGCCUGCAGGAAUACAAGCGCUUACAAGCAGAACUCGAUGAGAUCAAUAAAGAACUCUCUCGUCUGGAUAAAGAAUUGGAUGAUUAUAGAGAAGAAAGUGAAGAGUACAUGGCAGCUGCUGAUGAAUACAACAGACUGAAGCAGGUUAAGGGAUCUUCAGAUUACAAAAGAAAGAGGAAUUAUUGCAAGCAGUUGAAGAGCAAAUUGGCACACAUCAAGAAGAUGGUUGCAGACUAUGAUAGACGGAAAACAUAGAAGGUGGACGCCACGUAGUUUGAGAAAUUAAGAAGUAUCUGAUCUCUGCAGUGUUCUCAGAAGGCAAACAGCUUGGAUCAUAACCCAGGAAGUCAAACUUUUCUGAUCAUUACAGAGUUUGGUAGCUUUAAUAUUAUCAGUAUUAAAGCAUUUAAUUAGUAGGUUUUCAUCAUGAACUGGGCUAAAAACUCCAAUUAAGGAUUUGAUGCUUUAAACAUGAGUUCUUGUAUUUAAAUGCCAUUUAAAGUUUUUAAACCUUAAGGCAAGGUCCUGGUGUGAACUGCGUGGUGAACUUUAACAUACCAGAUAGCAUCUUAAUAUUUACAUAUGUGCAUUCAUUCAGACAGAUCUCAUUUAAUCCUCCCAGAAACCGUUCAGAUAACUAUUAUUUAUAAUCAUUUCUUUUCAGGUAAAGAACGUAGGUCUCUGCAGUGAAGUCUCUGGAAAGUGAGACUUUCUUAUUUCCUAGCACACAGAUUUGGUUAAGUCUGUUUUAUGACUAUUUAAUAAUUCCCCGCUCUUUCAUAUUUUAGCUACUAUGUAUACUGCAUUCUACCAGCCUCCCUGUUGAUUUUUUUUCCUAGUGUAUAAAUGGUUAAAAAGAGUUUUUUCUUGUUUUGUUAUCCUAAUAACAAGGAGCAUGUAAAA